AUGGGUAGUGGUGCUAGUAUAGAAUAAGAGUAAUAAAAUUUAAAUUUACCAGCUCAGAAUAAUAUAUUUAUUGAUGAAGGAGUGGGAAUUGAAUAAUCACAAUUAUCAAGAAAAUGGACAACUAAAAUGACAAUGUUUAAAAAUUUAGAAACUAAGAAUUUUAUGGAAUCAUAAUUUUAGAAUAAAUCACCUAAAUAAACUAUUAAAUUAGAACAAAAGUCUUCUGUUGUUUAUUCUGAUGACAGUGAUUAAAUUUCAAAAUCUUCUAGUCCAUCUGUUAAAUCAAGUAAAAUGCAUUUUCCACAUUAAAAGAAAAAGAAUUCUUUUCAUACUGAUAGUGAAGAAGAAAGUGAUAUUGAAGAAAAACAAUUAUAUAAUGAUAGAAGAUAAACAAAAUUCUAAAAUUUCUAAAGUGAUGAUUCAUUUGAAGAAAGAGAUGAUAACACUAAAAAAAUAAAAUAACUAAUUUAUUAAGCUGAAGAAAAUAUUACAUCAAGAAAAAGCAGUAUAAAUUCAAGAUCUGAUUAAUAAUUUUUAGCUAAUUUUGAAAUAAAAGAUAUUGCUGAAACUAUUAAUUUAAGAUAAUUAUCUUUACCUCAUUAAUAUCCACUUUGUUAAUUAUAUAUCAGAACUCAAAUUAGUGAAUAGAAAUUAUUACCAGGAAAAGAUAAAUUAGUCAAAUUAUCCUGUAGAUAAAAUCUAUAAGAUUCAGAAUCAGAGGAUUCUAUUAAAAAUUAAAAUGAUUCAAAAUCAGAAAUAUAGACUGAUUAUUCUCCUGAAUAAUUAUUAAAUUAAAUUGGAAUAGCUGUUAUUAGUAAAAAAGGUAAUAAAAAUGAUACAGCACCUUUAGCUUAAGAUUAUUUAAUUUACAAUGAUAAUUAUCAAAAAAUCUUGAUAUUAAGUAAUGGACAUGGAGAAUUUGGUGAAAAAAUCAGUAAUUUAACUUAUAGAAUGGUNGAAUUUUAAUCAGUAUAGUUUAGUUUAUAAGUUAUUUUAUAAUAAAUUUGUUAAUAAAGCAUUAUAAACAUUAAAUAGAUUGAUCUAUGGGUAGUGGUGCUAGUAUAGAAUAAGAGUAAUAAAAUUUAAAUUUACCAGCUCAGAAUAAUAUAUUUAUUGAUGAAGGAGUGGGAAUUGAAUAAUCACAAUUAUCAAGAAAAUGGACAACUAAAAUGACAAUGUUUAAAAAUUUAGAAACUAAGAAUUUUAUGGAAUCAUAAUUUUAGAAUAAAUCACCUAAAUAAACUAUUAAAUUAGAACAAAAGUCUUCUGUUGUUUAUUCUGAUGACAGUGAUUAAAUUUCAAAAUCUUCUAGUCCAUCUGUUAAAUCAAGUAAAAUGCAUUUUCCACAUUAAAAGAAAAAGAAUUCUUUUCAUACUGAUAGUGAAGAAGAAAGUGAUAUUGAAGAAAAACAAUUAUAUAAUGAUAGAAGAUAAACAAAAUUCUAAAAUUUCUAAAGUGAUGAUUCAUUUGAAGAAAGAGAUGAUAACACUAAAAAAAUAAAAUAACUAAUUUAUUAAGCUGAAGAAAAUAUUACAUCAAGAAAAAGCAGUAUAAAUUCAAGAUCUGAUUAAUAAUUUUUAGCUAAUUUUGAAAUAAAAGAUAUUGCUGAAACUAUUAAUUUAAGAUAAUUAUCUUUACCUCAUUAAUAUCCACUUUGUUAAUUAUAUAUCAGAACUCAAAUUAGUGAAUAGAAAUUAUUACCAGGAAAAGAUAAAUUAGUCAAAUUAUCCUGUAGAUAAAAUCUAUAAGAUUCAGAAUCAGAGGAUUCUAUUAAAAAUUAAAAUGAUUCAAAAUCAGAAAUAUAGACUGAUUAUUCUCCUGAAUAAUUAUUAAAUUAAAUUGGAAUAGCUGUUAUUAGUAAAAAAGGUAAUAAAAAUGAUACAGCACCUUUAGCUUAAGAUUAUUUAAUUUACAAUGAUAAUUAUCAAAAAAUCUUGAUAUUAAGUAAUGGACAUGGAGAAUUUGGUGAAAAAAUCAGUAAUUUAACUUAUAGAAUGGUAUUUCAUUACUUAAUCAGAACAUCAACCUUUUAUACUAAUCCUAUGAGAGGAUUAGAGACUAUAUUUAAAAAGUUAUAAAACAAAUUAAAAAUGCAUAUCGAAAAAAAGAAAUUGGAUGAUACUCACAAUAUAUUGCUUAGUGGUUGUGUUAUAACAGGUAAAUUAUUAAUCAUUAUAUUUAGUUAUUAUUUAAAGAGAUUCCAAAUUAUAUUGUGCUUAAAUUGGAGAUAAUAGAACAUAUAUCUAUAAAGAAUAAGUCAAUUAGAACAGAGAAAGUAAUAUUAUAGCCUAAACAUUACCAAUACAUACACCAAAUGAAAGUUCUGAAAAAGCAAGGAUUUUUAAUAGUGGAGGAGAAGUUAGAAAGAUUCCUCAGGGGGAAGAAUAUGUUUUUGUUAGAGGCAGAUUGUAUCCAUAAUUGCAUGUGACUAGAAGUUUAGGUGAUGUGAUAGCCCAUGUCAUUGGAGUAUCAUCUCAACCAUUUUUUAGAGAAUAUGAUAUAACCAUUAAAGACACCUUCUUAAUAUUAUCAACUGCAUCAGUAUAUGCCUAUCAAGAUGAAAAUGAUGUAAUGAAUCAUUUAAGUGGAUUUUCUCUUCACGAUAUUAAAUCAGCUUGUGAAUCAUUAUAUAAGUAAUGCAAGAACAGUUGGAUAUUGAAUGAAGGGAUGUUUGAAGAUAUGACUAUUAUAUUAUUAUGGCUUGUUUAAUAAAAAGAGCCAAAAUGA